AUGAAUGAUGAUGCAGCUCGUCUGGAAAGUCUUGGAUAUAAACAAGAAUUAACUCGUACUUUAAAUCGUUUAACGAAUUAUGGAUUCACUUUAUCAGCUAUUAGUAUAACAUCAGGUGUUACAUCUAUGUUUGCUUAUGGAAUGACAACUGGUGGCCCGAUUAUCAUGGUCUGGGGAUGGAUUUUAGUUUCAAUAUUUACUCUUUGUGUUAGUCUUGGAAUGGCAGAAAUUUGUUCAUCUUAUCCAACUGCAGGUGGUCUUUAUUUUUGGUCAGCUAAUCUUCUUCCUAAUCAAUAUAAACCAAUGGUUAGUUGGUAUACUGCAUGGUUUAAUAUAAUGGGACAAUUAGCAGGGAUAGUUUCUGUAGAUUUUGGUCUUUCAAUGCUUAUUGGAAGUGUUAUUUCAAUUGGUAUUGGUGAAUGGUCUCCUCGUCCAUGGCAUAUUCUCUUAAUUCAUUUAUGUGUCGUUAUAAGUCAUGGUCUAUUCAAUUCUCUGGGUCGAACAGUUCUACUUUGGACAACUCAUAUAUCUACUUGGUGGCAAUUACUUGCACCUAUUAUUAUUUGUAUUGCUCUAUUCGCAACAGGAAAAGGACAACAUGAAACACCACAAUUUGUCUUUACAAGUUUUAUAAAUCACACAGGAUGGACAAGUACAGUUUAUGUACUUCUGAUUGGCCUUUUACAAGCUCAAUAUUGCUUAUUGGGUUAUGAUUCUGCAGCACAUAUGAGUGAAGAAACAAAAAAAGCUGAUAUCGCAGGACCGAUGGGGAUGAUCGGUGCUGUUCUUGGUUCAUCUAUUUUCGGCUGGAUUUUUGUUGUUUCACUUUUAACAAGUAUAAGUGAUUAUGAAACAACACUUAAAACUAAGACUGGAUUUCCUGUAACACAAAUCUUAAUGGAUAAUUUUGGUCGUCAAUGGACACUUGUAUUAAUGUGUAUGCUAUUAAUAGCUUGUUGGUUCUGUGGUCUUGCUACAGUAACUGUAAGUUCAAGAUUAAUUUAUGCAUUUAGUCGAGAUAAUGGAAUGCCAUGGAGCCAUUUGUGGCUUAAAAUACAUCCUCGUCUAGCAUGUCCACUCAAUGCUGUCUGGCUUUCAUGUGCAAUUGGUUUCCUUCUAGGUUUACCAUAUUUAAUUAAUUCGACAGCAUAUUAUGCUGUAAUUAGUUUGUGUACAAUUUGUCUCUAUGUUGCUUAUGGUUUACCUAUAUUCUGCAAACUUAUUUCGCCUGUUCCAUUUCCUCGUGGUCGUUUUCAUCUUGGUCGAUUUUCAUCAUAUAUAAAUAUAAUUGCUAUCAUGUGGGUAAUGUUAAUCGUAGUUCUAUUUGUUCUACCUCCUGAAUAUCCAGUGACAGCUACUAAUAUGAAUUAUGCAUCAGUUGGCUUUGGAACAUUACUCAUUGUUACUUCACUCACAUAUAUGUUCUCGGCUCGAUAUUGGUUUAAAGGUCCUCAUACUAAUAGCUUAGCUGACAGUGAAUUAAAAUUAGCAACAAACUUGCCAAAUUAA